GAUUUUAUCCGAGUCUGGCUUGGGUUUUGCUUAAUGCAAGUUGCAGCGUACCUGUGACAGCGAGUAGUUAACUCUGUGCUAAGACUUUUUGUUGGAUCAGCAACAAGCGUCGGCGCUUUCCUCCGUGAUAACAACAUUAUCAUAACUGCAACAAGCCAGAGAGAUCUCAUGCUGUAGGUGUCAGACGUCGACACCAAACAAUCAGUUUAUAUCAGAGGAUAUUGAAGCCCGUGAUGUUCAACCCACACAUCCAUCAGCAGCAGCAGCAACAACAGCUUCACCAGCACCUGCGGCAGCUACAGCAACUUUUCCAACAGCAGCCACCACCUCCUCCUCCACCGCAGCCGCCUCCGGCACAUCAUGUUGCCCAUCACCACCAGACACCGCGAGCCAUUCCUGUUGCUCCUCAGACAGCCCCUCCUCCGAGGAUGGUUAACCUGUGCCAGGCGACCCAGACGACCAUCAUCGCACCUAAUCCAAUGCUGCAGGGGGCUUUACUGAUGCAGCAGAUGCAGGGCAAUAUGCGGGGCUUUGGGAUGGGUGGGCAGCAGUUCCGACAGUUCUUCACGGCAGGGACCAGGUCAUCCCUGCUUGGGCCAGUUCCCAUGGGCAUGGCCAUCAAGACUCCCAUGAUGGGGUUUCCAGCUGCUCGACCCUUCCACCCACAUGCUCGCUUCUUCAACACAACCACCACCACCUCCACAGCCUCUUCCUCUUCCUCCAUCUCUACCACAGACACUGCAGCUCGCCAGACAGACAGGAAAAGGGACAGUGAGCAGAUGGUGGCGGGGAGCACAGACGACCAACCAUCAGCAGCUGUUAGUAGCAGCGAAGCUACUGACAAGACUCAAACAGAUGUUACUGUGGAAGGAGAGGACGGGCAGAUCUCUGAGGAGCAACUUGAAGAACCAGUAGUGAAGAAGCAGAGGACAGAAGGGUCAGAGAAAUCUACAGAAGAGUGUGUUGAUGAGACUGUCACUGAUGCUUCUUCAGAGUUCAACCCUAACACAGAGGACACACAGCCUAAAGGCUGCAGCAUUCAAGAGGAUGUUAAUAAGGUACUGGAGGAGGCCUGUUUUAAUGAGGGUUACAGUUCUUUGGCAGCCCAGCUGCCCAGUGAAGAUGACCAGCAGGUAAAUUUACCAGCAGAGGAAACAUCACAGGAAAAAGAUGCUCCCGUGGCUUCGCCAGAGAGCCAGGACGAUGAGGAGGGAGGUGUAGCGGAGGGCUCAAGCAAGUUCUACUGCUACCUCUGCAGCAUCACCUGCCACAACCAGCAAAACUUCAGGAGUCACAUGAACAGUAUUGCCCACCAGCAGAGGAUGAUGGAGAUCCAACACAUGAGCAACGCCUGCCUGGUUACCCUGCUGCCACGUGUGCAGGAGUCCCUUCAGGGAGCAAGCAAAGAUGGAGAAAAGAAAGACUCAAAGCGUUGGUGUGCCACCUGUCAUACCCACUUCACCUGCAGCAUCACGGACCACCGUCGCUCAGAGGAGCAUAAACUUGCUAGCAUAACCGACAUCUCUUCCUGUGCUAUCUGCAAAAAACGAUUCAAGACCUCCCAGAACUUUUUGGAGCACUUGCACUCCCAGGAGCACAGACAGAAGCUCAAAGAAAAUGGCUGCGAAGCCUUGGCCAAGCUGACUGCCAUAGACACAGAUGGUUUUUCCUUAGAAGAAGUGGAGGAGGAGGAAGGAGAGGAGAGGCUGAGAAAUGAAGAGGACCCAGGAGACACAGAGGAUGGCUGGUCCUCCCUCAAAGAAGUGAACAUAAAUGACUUGACCAGUGAUAAACAGUAUGACUCCAACACAGUCUAUGGAUCCAGCUUUUUGGUUCCAGUUGCAGGUUUCAUCUGUAGACUCUGCAACAAGUUUUAUCAUUUUGAAUCUUCUGCCCUGCACACCCACUGCAAAUCCCUCAAGCACUUUGAGAACUUCAAGAGAUACAGCACAUUGGUGAGUCAGAAAGAUGAAGCUGUUCAAUCCUCCAGGAAAUCCAUCUUAGCUGCAGAUAACUUUGAUCUUGUGACAGAAACCUCCACAGACUGCUCAGAUAAAGAGUUGCUUUCUGCUGACACAAGCGUAGCUGCUAACCUAGGCUCCAUGCAGCCCAUUAUUACAGUCAGCCGACUGAAAAUGCAGAAAGAAAACCAGUUGCAACAGAAAGAAGCAGAAACUGACUCAACUUCACAGGACUUGACUGUCUCAGCAACCAGCACUGACAACUUAGACCAAGACCUCAUCCUUAAUGAGGAAGAAGACGACACGUCCCAGGCACCUUCAGCUCAGGAGAGUACUGCUGAGCAGCCUGCUGGCAGCAGAGAGGAGGCAGUCCUAGAACCAGAAGCUGCUAAUGAUGAGUCUAUGGAGGAAGAGGAGGAGAAGGAAUCUCCUGCAGGCACACGGAAAAAUAACGGCACAGGGAAGGCAAAAACCACAGCCAAGCGCAGGUCAGGCAGAGCCAUGAACAGACGCUGAGUCAAAGGCACGACUUGGAAAGGAAACGACAUCAUGAUAUGGGACAAUAAGACAGGUUGUGUAAAGAGGUGCUUUCAUGAAAAUGAGACCAAGAAGUUAGAAGCCCAUCCUCUCUCCAUGCUGGAAGGUCAGAGAUAAGCACACACCAACAAAUAUAUAAGACUAGCUGCUAAAUCAGUAAAACAGAACUUCGCAUAAAAAAUUUUCUCCCAGGGUGGAAAAUUGACAACUGUGGGUCCAGCUUUUUAUUUCGGCUCACGUAGGCAAUAAUUUCUAUAUGUGGAGGUUGUCUUUUAUCUUGACAGAUUACAGCAACUUAAAUGAGAUCAUUAGAAAGUGUGUCCAUUUAAUUCAAAACAGCUAGUUUUUUUUUCACCCAGAUUACAAGUAACCCUUUUUAUACUUUUAAACUAGGAGAACAGAGAGGCAUUGAGCGAGGACCCAGUUCCACAUCACAUCUAAGCAGGAUAUGAGCAUUCAGUGUGUUUUAACCUCAUCAGGAGUUUGUACAAAGAUGAAAACAGAAUUGUAGUUAAAUUACUUUUUAAACUCUCGCAUAUCAGGACAAACCUUAUAUUUGAAAUAAAUUUGUUUUCUAGUUUCGUGGCAUUGACAAUAUUCUUCAAAAGUCAGUCAGAGAUGUUAAAGUCACCAGUGUAGCUGCAGAUUCACGUCAGUUACUACGGAAACUACACUACAACAGCUGUGUGGAGGCAGGAUGUUUGAUUUUAAGUAGCAGGAAGCUAAAUUGGAUUCUAAUAUAAGUUUCAUAUAGUAUGAUUUUUUUUUUAGCUUUUGAUGAAGAAAUAAUGGCAUUCUUAGUUAUUGUUAGGAUUGUGGUAUUUUAAUUGACCUGGUUUAAAAAACUGUCCAUAAUUUACAACUGCUUGUCUGUUUUCUGUUAAUUUUCCACCCUGCUGCCCUUAAAUCAGGAAUGAGAGCUCAGUGUCAGCUUUUGAUGCUUCAAGUUAGUGUAAUGAUUGUUAAAUCCCCUGCAACUGUAGAAGAUGUAGUGAUGCUGAAGUGGAAACAUUUUCCAUAUUGCUAACCCACGUAGCAAAUACUUGCUGCAAGCUGAAACGUAGAAUGUAACCAGAUUGUCUGAUCAGGGCACAGCUGUUUUAAAAAGAGUUAAAAUUGUUCAUUGUUUGAGUAUUGAGAAUUUUUUAAAUCUGAUCAUGGCUAGAUUUAGGCCAUUUUAUGGUAAUAUUUGUUGGCAUCUUGGGUUCAGGUUAAUGUAGUGUCCGGGAUUUUAAAAAAAAAAAAAAAAAAAAAAAACUUCUCGAUGAAAUAGCCCACACAUGCUUAUUGGCUUUCUGUCUGCUAUUAAGAGGGGAAAGGAGCUGAAUAUAGAGCCCUCAAUGUUUGUAGAAGGCACUAUUAAUGCUGAAAUGUAAAGGGAGCUUUUAACAAGGUCAACAGCAGCAGAUGGCUUCAUCAGCAUACCAGGAAAUAAAGGUUACUCCUACCAGUUAGGCUCACAAUUAAAAUUAUGAACAGCUGCAUCUCAACUGUUUUACAUUUCAGUGGUUUUCAGGAAAAACAGGUUUUUGCUCCUUUAGUUCUCAGAAUUCAUAAAAAAAAAAGUACCCAAGCUGAAUAGCUAAUGUUGGAGGCACAGUCACAUCUGAUGUCCUUUACCACAGGCAUUUUUAAAAUGUGCCUACAUUUGGGUAUUAAAACAAGUUUUGUUUGACAUGAACUGUUUCUAUAAGCAUUCACAGCGCAAUAUUGUUAUUGCUAGUUGGUGCGUUUUUGACUCCAGUUUCCUUUUGUUUGCUUUAUUUUCUCACAUUAAAGAUUUCUCUACACUAGACAGAAUUCAUGAGGAAAAUUCAUGUGUGUGUAGGUAUGUAUUGUAGCAAACUGAUACCGUUUCUGAUUUGAAACACCUGUUACAUUUAGAUAUAGUGUCUUUUUAAGUUCUCACGACGCAUGAAUAAGGAUGUUAGUUUCUUCUUCAUGACUAGUAAGCUGUUCCGGAAACAUUUCAUCUUCUGUAUUAGUCAAAGACAUUUAAAACUACAAAAGACCCACAUGUAGCAACCUUUGUAGUCAUGGCAGCGAGUGUGGCGGCUGUCACAUGUUUAGUAUCGCUUCAUUUCAGAAGGUACAAGACAUGAUAUGAUUUAUGCUCCUCAAGCUCUGAAACUGGAUGAAGCAGGAGAGAAACGACAUGUAGAGGAAAAUUUCAAAGCUGUACGUUUCUUAUUGUAUUUUUAUUCAGCAUCGGAUAAAUUGAGAUGAACAACCAGGUGAUGUUUUCUAACUGCUGGAAGUUUAAUGUAUUUUUGGAUGUUUUCUGUUUGGGAGUAAUAUUAAUUUAUAUUAAAAUGUCUGACAAUUCA